AUGGUCAGUGCGAUGUGCCGCCCGACCUCGGUGCGGUACACAUGCGCUUUGAACGCGACUGGUGAAUUAGUCUGUUUCGGAGACAAUCAGUUUUAUCAGUGCGAUGUGCCUCCCGACCUCGGUCCGGUGGUGGCCAUGGCUGCUGGAGGGCAUCACACCUGUGCCGUGAAGGCGAGUGGCGAGCUGGUUUGCUUCGGAGACAACGAGUUUGGUCAGUGCGAUGUGCCUCCCGACCUCGGUCCGGUACUGGCCGUGGCUGCCGGACUUCGUCACACCUGUGCCGUGAAGGCGAGUGGCGAGCUGGUUUGCUUCGGAGACAAUCAAAAUGGUCAGCGCGAUGUGCCUCCCGACCUCGGUCCGGUACUGGCCGUGGCUGCCGGACUUCGUUACACCUGUGCCGUGAAGGCGAGCGGCGAGCUGGUUUGCUUCGGAGACAACGAGUUUGGUCAGUGCGAUGUGCCUCCCGACCUAGGUCCAGUGGUGGCGGUGGCUGCCGGAGGCCGUCACACCUGUGCCGUGAAGGCGAGUGGCGAUCUGAUUUGCUUCGGAUUCAAUGAGCUUGGUCAGUGCGACGUGCCAGCUGGCUUCAGGGUUCGGCUUGCUCCUCGGCCCGUCCGCCCAGCCGCCCCCGAUCCAACACAGCAGGUGCUGCAGCCGGUGCAUCACAGCGAGCCUCCCGCCGAAAUCUCGCAAGAGGAGGGCGCUGCAAUCGUGGCGGAACAGGAGGCAACCUGGAUCGAGCACAACAUCGGAUCCGGCUGGCAUGGCAACGACUUCCAGCCUCAGAUGCCCGUUGGACUCACUCAUGGUGUAUAUACUUCACACGAACUUCGCACAUUUCUUUGUGGCCCGGCGGCUUCCUUGUAA